AUGAACAGCUCCGAAGUGCUCCUCUCGUGGGACGACAUCUUCAUGGAGAACUGCGGCGACGAACGGCUCGUCGUGCUCUCCGUCUGCACUUCCGUUUUCGUCGUCCCGCUUUCGCUCCUCUUCUUCGCCGCCACCGUCGCGUUCUUCCGACGACGCAAGAUCUUUCAUCCGCUCUUCUCGUGAGUUGCGACAAUCAUUUCCGGCUCAAAAACCACAGUUUGACAUCCAAAACAUUGACUUUUCCGUCAAAACCAGCAAUUAGAAGCCGAAAUGUUGGUUUCAGGGACCAAACCUCACUUUUUGGACUCCAAAAAGGUCUAAAUCAAACCUAAAACAUUGAAAUCGAUUGAAGAUUCUGCUUCCUCGUCCUCUUCCUCUUCUACUUCAUGUCCACGUCGGUGCUCGCCGUCCGAAACAUCACUUUCUCCAUUUAUCGACAAAAUUUCGACGAGUUGAGCUCGACGACCGAUCGAAUAAUUGCGUAUUGCGAGAAGAUUUACAUUGCGCUCAUCUACUUCAUUCCGCCGAUGAGUAAGGACUCUGGAAGUGGCUAGAUGCCUUUUUUUUUUGCAGUUACGAUUGGAAUCUUCGAACGUCUCUCCGCCACAGUCUUUUCUCGUUUUUACGAAAAGUCCCGACCCUGGACUGUUUUGGCGUUGGCUUUGCUGGCUAUGGUAAGCGGGUUUUUACUUUUCACAAGUUUUAGUCUAGGUUAGGUUGGGACCUUUUAAGUUGAAGCCCUAUUAUCCGAUCAGUUCUGGAAAUUGGGACACCCCAAUACCGCUCAUUCAAAACUAUAUAUCUCCGCUGUCGGUACAGAUAGCAAAACGUGAUCAACUAUGAAAUUGUUUAUUCAAACUUUGUGUACAUUUUAGCAGUUGACCACAUUUUGAUAUCUCUUUCGGCAACUGAGAUACCGCGUCUUGAAUGAACAGUAUUCCAUUUGCAGUGCCAUUAGACUGAUAAAUGUGCCAAACUAAAUGAUAAGUGAGUCAUCAAAACUCUUUUCCAAUUAAAGAGCGCACUUGUGUACAUCGAGUUCGCCAACCGGCAUGUCAUGCAAGCCACGAUUCCCACACGAAACGUCCAAGUGGUCUUCGCCCUCGUCUGCACCGGCUCCCUCUUCGUUCUCCUCAUCGCCAACCGAUCCAAAUCAAAGACCGGGCGGGCCAGAUCGGCAUUAUCGGAAAGAUACCAAGUCACAGAGAACAUAAAGGCGCUGCGGAUUCUGAUUCCGGUCGUUUGUCUGGAUACUCUCAUCCAGAUCGGGUUUCUGGGCGCCGAUAUAUUUCUGAACGUUGGUCAGGUGUUGAAUCUCAAUUACUGCUACGAUGAUGACGUCUACUUGGACAAGUUUCUCGCUUUUCGAUUGGUAAGUCUCAGGGCUUUGCAAAAGAUCACACCAAAAACAGUUGUUUUGAGAACAAAGACCGGACCAGGCUUUUCGAAGGCCUGCCGAGGGGGUGAACUCAAACUUUACAGGCAAAGUAUUGGGUCGAGGCUUUCAAAAAGCCUCAAAACGCCAUCGCAGAGUCCCAAACAUUGUCUCAAUGUUCAGAAACCAUACGAACUUUGUCCAUGCAUAGCGCAAGCCAAAAGAGAACAUGUUUUCCAGCUCGGCUUUGCAAUGCAAUACUCGAUUCCGCUGACCGUCAUCUUCCACUUCAGCCUCCUCUCGUUCCGAAGACGUGGCGUCGUGCGGCGCGCGACGCCGGUCUCGCCGUCCCAGGAGAAUCCGCCCUUCUACGUGGUCACCAUCCGGAACGUGUUCGGAACGACCGUGUCUGGCGCCUACAACGGCACGCACGGCCAAGACACGCACUUCAGGACGUUGUAUUCGCAGUGGAAUUGAAGAAGACGAGGAGGCGACGAAUCUAUCUAAUUUUGCUUCCUUUCCUCUCUCUCUCUCAUAUAAAAUCCUUCUUUGCUCGCCCGCUCGUUUUGUUUAUACCCCAUUCCGUCACUCGUCAUCUCAGUUUCCGGGAACUUGUUUCUUUCCAAAGGUCACCACCACAGCCACCAAAUAACCGAAUUCAUGCCAGUUUCGUAUUCAUGAGAGAAUGCCAUUCGACCUCUCUGCAACAAGUUUCUUCCUUUCUCGUCACUCAUUGCGCUCCACCCACAACGAGCAAUGCACAUUUUGUGAGUUUGUUAGUUACCAACAUUUGUUGCAGCCUCGAAAUGAGCUGCAUCGAUGAGCUCUCAAGUGACCUGCAAAGUCUUGCGAUGGAACGACACGAGAAUGGCGACAGUGUUCAUCAGGAGAGAGGGGUAAGUACGUUUUUUUCCACAAAAAUCAUGUCUAUGCCUAGUUUUGAGGCUACAAAGUCUCAAAGUUUUGCAAAGUAGUAGGUCUUUCUAAAUAUUGAGCAUUUACUUGAUCAAAACUCGAGAAUAAAACGCUUUGGGUUAAAAUAGUCAACUACAAAGUUGUUAAAGAUACAAUUUCCAACAACUUUCCAGUAGAUCACAUUUCUAAAUAAUCAUUUGUUCUCGAGAUAUAAGUCUUAGAAGUUAAGGAUGUUUUCCUAUGAUCAACCCUGUCCCUCCGCUAGUUUUCUCAUUUUUCGACCCCACUGCCCGGUCAACCAAUUGCCAUUUGUUAGAAUAAUUCGGGAUUAUCUCUCAUUUUUCCAGCGGAUGACCCGGAAAUCUUCGACGUCUUCCAACGGAUCUUCCAGUUUGGAGAAGCGCAAACUCUUUCAUCGCAAAGAUUCCGAGGUGAAGAUUGAGGCGAUUUUCAAGGAACUCUUCUCGCCGGACGCCAAGAUUAUCGACCAUUAUGAGGGCGAUUUUGUGAUGUUCGUCACGGGAACUUUUCUUUUUUUCGAUCGGAAAUCUUUCAGCCCUGACGUCCAAAUCGAGGAAAUCGAGCCGGAUCAGAUUCCGAACCACGAACGCUUCAAACUGCGACGUCAGACGUCGUUGGUUCCGAAGAGCGAGGCGCCGAAGAAGACGUCAAUCUCGCCGCUAUCCCCUCGACAUCGUCUGACUGCGCGGAAAUCGCCGGUGCCGCUGCGCAAAGUUUCGACUCCCACGCCACGCAAACGGGUGAGGAAAUUAGAAGGGAAAUUAGAUGGAUGGCCGAGUUCAAAGCACAAUUCGGGUUUUUAGUCGACGUCAUCGAAGGCUCCGCUGCCGAAACUCAGCGCUCCGCCGGGUCUCAAGCCGAACUUUGUGACCGUCGCCGACGAUGGACCCUCGUCGACGCCGUGGAUCCGCAAGAAUCGUAAGUUUCUUGCUUUUUUGUUCUGGUCCCCAGAAGGCUCAACUGGAUUUUCAGCGAUUCCUCUUCGUCGCGGCGUCGCCGUCUCAGCCAUGGCUCAAAAAUGA